AUGGAAUCAAUUUUAAUGGCAGCGAAAGCAUUUCUUGAGCGAGAGUUUAGAAAAAAUCCGUUACCGGCAUUAAGAAUGGCCGAACGAUAUGGAUUUAAAGAACUUUACAAAGAAUCAUCUAAAUUAAUUUUAGAAAGAUUUCAGGAAUAUAAAAGAUCACAGACAUUUAAUCAACUUUCAGUAACAACACGUACUGCACUGACAACAAAAUAUGAUGAAUAUACAAACGCAUUAAGUAAAUUAAGUAAAGUUUAUUUCACAACUGGGUAUCAGCAUUGCAAACAAUGUAAAUCUGCAUCAGAACAUGAUAAAGAAAUUAGUGAAAAGUUUGAUCGUAGAGUUAGACAACUUCAAAUUCUUCCAUUACCGUUACCCCCAACACAACCUUCUGUUACUAGAAAGAUAUUAUUCGAAGCCAUCGGAAACAAUAU